CAGUCUCCUCCCGCAGGCGCCGCAGUGACAGCUGAGCCGGCGGUUCCUGGUCGCCCACUGUUUGGCUUGGCCGGCUCCCUGAGCUUCUCUCCUCUCCCCGCCGCCCCGAGGGUUGCGGACGCUGCUCGUCGUGCCCACCCCGGAGAAAGGCGGCCUCGAGAGCUUCGGGAAACGGCCGUCAUGGCGGAUGACUUCGGCUUCUUCUCCUCCUCGGAAAGCGGAGCAGCCGAGGCCGCCGAAGAGGACCCGGCCGCUGCUUUCCUGGCUCAGCAGGAGAACGAGAUUGCGGGGAUCGAGAACGACGAGGGCAUCAGCUGCGCCGAAGGAGCCGCCAGGGGAAGCCAGGAAGCCGCCGGGGAGCCUCGGGUUAAUUUUGAAAACACAGGAGGAACUACUGUGAACGGUGAUGUGUUUCAGGAAUCUAAUGGACCUACAGAUACCUAUGCAGCCAUUGCCAAAGCUGACCGAUUGACACAGGAGCCCGAGAGCAUUCGCAAAUGGCGAGAGGAACAGAAAAAGAGACUGCAGGAGCUGGAUGCUGCUUCUAAGGUAUUAGAACAGGAAUGGCGCGAAAAGGCUAAGAAAGACUUGGAGGAAUGGAACAUAAGGCAGAAUGAACAAAUGGAGAGGAACCAGGCCAAUAACAGAGCCUCGGAGGAAGCCUUCCUAAAGGAGUCGAAAGAAGAGACAACCGGCACUGAAUGGGAGAAAGUGGCUCAACUCUGCGACUUCAAUCCCAAGAGCAGCAAGCAAUCCAAGGAUGUCUCACGCAUGCGCUCAGUGUUGAUUUCCCUCAAACAGAUCCCUCUGGCCCGCUAGCCUAGCUGAACAGAGGCUGGGGCUGGAGUGAGGGUGCUGGUGGCUCUUUGUGCCAGCCAGUUUAGCAGCAACACCACCACAGGCUUAGAAGGCCACCAAAAAUGGGGGAACAAACAAAAGCAUCCCACUCCUGCCUCUUUCUCUCUUCUCAGUAUGUUCCUGUCCCUUAGAUUGGGUGGCUGCCUGUAUCUUCCCCCACCCCAACCCCAAAUUUACUUUGCUUAAAGGGUGCACUGAUAUCUUUUUACACAUAUUUAUUAAUGGUGUGGUCCUUGGGCAACUGCUCUCUUCCCUGCUGCCUUCAGGCGAGACCAUUCAGUUUCCCACUCUUCCAGUGUUGCUGCUUUCUACUCCCCUUAGACCUGACUGGUUUAACAUCAUUCCCCUCUCUAGUCAUUUAUACUGGACCUGGGGGGGGGGACCAAUGUUAAAACUGAGUUUAGGGCUGGGAACGAAAUUCUGGUGCCAGUUCUGUUGCUGUUCUUUUUUUUUUAACCCGAAUGAUAAGCAUGGUUCUCAGGAAUGGCCAACUGUUAAGAGGGUUGGGAUUCAGUUUCACACUUGUGCCGGAUAUCACAGGCAUAGUCCGGUUGAAGAGAUCCCUUUACAAAUGAGUCCUUCAAGAGCAAAUGUACAGAAGAGAGAGAACAGACAACUGAAGUAAUAAUAGAUGUGUGUGGAACAUUUUUAAUGGCAAACCUGAAAAUGAGAUUUGUAUGAAUCUGAAAACUACAGUCCAAGCUAAACCACUGCACAAAGAAUUGCUUGCACUAAAGAGAAUGCGGUUUUCUCUUUUUGAGAUAAUCUUUAGGCUUAGUUGUUGUCUAGGAAGAACAUACGAGCAGAUACCUUCACUUUCAGUCCUCUCUUCAAAGGUUAUUCCAUAUUUGCUUAAGGAUACACUAAAUGUAUAGCUACAAUGUAGAGUUAAACUGGUUGUUAUUAAAAGGUACCUUCUUUGGAUCUUCUCCACUGAGAUAGCUGUAGAUUUAAACAAACAGAAGCCAGUUCUGGUUUUGCUCUUAAUAUACUUAAUAUACACAGCUCAAUACUAUGUUUUAUCUUCACAUUUUUUUGGCAUUUAGUG